GUAAUUGACUGGUUCCUGUUCUAACGCACAUGUAGUAAACCCUCAAUCAUUUCUUGUAACAUAUUAUUCCAUCUAAAGAAUCGAUUGAAUUUUUCCUUGAAGUAAUUUUUACAAAUAACAACAGGCUCGUUUCUAUGCUACUUACUCAAGAAUUAUGGAAAUACAACGAACAGUAAAUAAGCACUUUCUGUCUAUGUUACAUUUUGUCUAGAUAAUUGAUUUUCUGCAAUUUAUUCUCUGAUAUUCAUAUAAAGAUUAAAAGACUAUUUCCUGUAAUAUUAUUCUGUAAUUGCUAGUGCAGUUCUUGGAAUCAUUUGGGAAUAAUUCAAGAAAUGAGUAUCUAAAUCGGAGGCCUUGUAAUUAUCUUAGACGAACAUAGGAAUAAUUAAGAAGGAAGAGGGCGUUGUUGUUUCAAAUGUUCAAACCGCGUGGACCGGAAGAUAUCAACGAACCAGAGUUUCAAGCCCAAUAAGGAAUAUUUAGAGGGAAAUUGAUAUUUAAUUACCAUUUAUAAUUAACUCUGGUUUCAAUGUGAAAUGGCAGAACCAAAUGUUGAAAGCAAAGUUCCAAAUGGCGGAUGGGGUUGGAUGUGCGUUGUGGGUUGCUUCACAAUGCAUUUUCUAUUGGGAGGCUUAUCUCGGUCCUUCGGAAUUAUUUACCGUUGGCUGCAACUUCGAUUUGAUAAGUCAGCUGCCAUAACAGCUUGGAUAGGAGGGACAGGUUUUGCAAUAAGAAUGGGGUUCAGUCCUCUUGGUACUGGUUUAUCAACCAGAUAUGGAACAAAACCGGUUGUAAUAGUUGGUGGUUUUCUAAUGGGCAUUGGUGUUAUUCUCUGUGCUAUUGCUCCCUCAGUUGAAUUUAUGUUCUUCAGUUACUGUUUAGUAACAGGAAUAGGCGGAACGCUCAUAUACGCCCCCGCUGUUGUUAUCAUGAGCAAGUAUUUUUCAACCAGGCGCUCGAUUGCUAAUGGUAUAUCAUCGUGUGGUAGUGGUUUUGGUGUUUUCGUUCUUCCCCUCUUAAUGGAAUUUCUCCAUGAGGAGUAUGGUUAUUUCGGAGCUGUGCUUAUAUUGGGUGGCAUUGAACUAAAUAACGUUUGUUGCGGCAUGUUAUAUAGGCCACUAGAGCAGCCUGUAGAGGCUCAAACUAAAAGAGAGGAAAAGUAUAUCGAUUACAGAAUGUUAAAAGAAUUCACAUUUAUCUACUAUGCCUUAUCCUUAGCAUUUUUUACUUCUUCAUACCAGCCAGCCCAAAUGCUCUUGCCAUCGAUGGCCAUUGAUAAAGGAUUCAGUAAACAUGAAGGAGCGAUGUUACUAUCAGUGGUUGGGAUAGCCGAUAUGGUUUCCAGAUUCCUUACGGGUUUUAUUUAUGAUUCACGCUUGUUGAAAAAUUAUAAACCUCAGUUAUUCGUGAUAGCUAUGAUCUUGUCGUCUGUAAGUCAAUAUGUAUGGGGCCUAUCUCACAAUUAUCCUUGUCUUAUUGCGAUGAGUGUAGUUCAUGGAUUAUUUAACGGUAGCGUUGUUAGUCAGCGGUCUGUAAUUGCUGCAGAAUUGCUUGGGAUAGAAAGAUUAUCAAAUUCCUUUGGUCUUAGUAUGGCUUUCCAGGGAACGGCUUUGAUGAUCGGUCCCCUUUGUGCUGGUUAUUUACGUGAUGUGACAUCCUCUUAUGUCUUCUCGUUCAUAUUUACUGGUAGUUGUUGUUUGUUUGCUGCUUUUAUAUUCACUGUAGGACAUAUUAUCGAUAAAUACUUGCGACGCAGAAAAGCAAUAGAAAUUGCCACUGUUACUGUUGAAGAAACGAAACUAUAA